GCCAGGCGGGGGAGCCCCUCUCUCAGCUACACACCACAGCAUCACCGCCUCGCCUCACUGAGAGAAAAAAAAAAAAAAAAAAAGGACAGAGAGGAGAGAAAUGCAAAGGGAUGUAAGAUGGCAGAGCUACAAAUGCUAUUAGAGGAGGAAAUCCCUGCCGGUAAAAGAGCUCUUGUGGAAAGCUACCAGAAUCUAUCCCGGGUUGCGGAGUACUGUGAAAACAAUUAUGUUCAGGCUCAAGACAAGAAGAAGGCCCUUGAAGAGACCAAGGCCUACACCACCCAGUCUCUGGCCAGCGUGGCCUACCAGAUCAACGCCUUAGCUAACAAUGUGCUGCAGCUGCUGGACAUCCAGGCCUCGCAACUGCGACGCAUGGAGUCCUCCAUCAACCACAUCUCCCAGACGGUGGAUAUCCACAAGGAGAAGGUGGCACGUCGAGAGAUCGGCAUCUUGACCACAAAUAAGAACACCGCACGCACCCACAAGAUCAUCGCCCCUGGCAACAUGGAGCGGCCGGUGCGCUACAUUCGAAAGCCCAUCGACUACACACUGCUGGAUGACGUGGGUCACGGCGUCAAACAACAUGGAAACAAUGCGGCAGGAAGGGGAGGGACACUUUCCAGGACCACCCCACCCUCACAGAAACCCCCAAGCCCCCCCAUGGCAGGUCGUGGAACCCUGGGGCGUAACACUCCCUACAAGACCCUGGAGCCAGUGAAGCCUCCAGUGGUGCCCAAUGACUACAUGACGAGCCCGGCCCGACUGGGCAACCAGAACAGCCCUGCACGCACAGCCUCGCUCAACCAGAGGCCCAGGACACACAGUGGCAGCAGUGGUGGCAGUGGCGGCAGGGAGAACAGUGGAGGCAGUGGAGUUGGUAUCCCUAUAGCGGUUCCCACCCCCUCCCCUCCCAGUAUGGGGCAAGUGGUGACAUCCUCUGCCUCGGUGCCUCAGGGCCCCGGCUUGGGUCCAAUACCCAUGUCCCAGUUCGGCACCAUCUCCCGCCAGAUCUCCCGUCACAACUCUUCCACCACCUCCUCGGCCUCCAUGGUGUCGGCCACCGGCACCUACCGCCGCGCACCCUCCGUCUCAUCCCAGCAGCCCCACAUCAACGGUGGUCCUGCCUACCCACAGAACGCAGUGUCUGUGGCUCCUCCGCCUCCUCCUCCAAUGGUCCAGCUGACCCCACAGAUCCCUCUGACCGGCUUUGUUGCCAGAAUGCAGGAGAGCAUAACAGACAGCCCCGCUCCGCCUCCUCCGCCUCCCCCAGAGGACAUGGGUGUGUUUGAGGAGGCCUCUCCCCCUCCUCCUCCCCCACCUGUGGACUAUGAGGAAGAGGAGGCCGCCGUGGUUCAUUACAGCGACCCCUACGCUGACGGAGACCCCCACUGGGCCCCCAAGGUUUAUUUAGAGAAAGUUGUGGCCAUCUAUGACUACAGCAAGGACAAGGAGGAUGAGCUGUCCUUCAUGGAAGGAGCCAUCAUCUACAUAAUCAAGAAAAACGACGACGGCUGGUUUGAAGGUGUCUCCAACGGCGUCACCGGACUCUUCCCAGGAAACUACGUCGAGUCGAUCAUGCACUAUGCUGACUAAAAACAUAAACAAACCCAAAAUGGCGCUGCAGUUUUGAGGAAGAGUUGCUAUCCAGAAGUAUCAACUUACCUUUUACACUUGUCCAUUCUUUCAGUGGUUGCUGGUGUGGUGCUUUACAUUGGUGCUC